UCAGACCCUGGGCUUCUCCUUGCGGUCACCCCGAACCGAGUGAUAAAGACGCAGAGGGAGGGCUUCGUCCUCACCUGCCUCUUGCGUACUGCAGGCGAGGCGACUGCUGAAGAAUACUGUUUGCCCGGGCUCCCGUGGGGCCAGAUUUGAGGAAAGGGAGUCUGGUUUAAGUGGUCUGGCUGCCGGCGUCCCCUUUCCCCCGGUACUGAGGGAUGAGGAGAAUGGAUAUAAAAGUCUGAGAAAGGUCCUCAUUGGUAUAGAACGUGGAACUCAAAAGCAUGCUUUAUAAAAUAAGAAAGGAUUGAUCACAUUUCAGGGCUUAAAACCUCACACGUGCAAAUCGUUCACCCUUGGAGAUACAAGUACCCGCCACCCCCCACCCCCACCCCCAGCCUUUCGAAAGUUCACUUCACACCACCUAGCUUUUAGGAAAGGCUUUCAUUAGUAAGCCUUUUCCCGCUCACCCUCAAAUCGCCAAGAAUCGAAAAGGAUUUUCGCCAUUACAAAAAGAAGGCGAAAAUGGAGAAUAGCAAGUUCAGCGUUUGUUUUGCACCAAGCCCUUGAGAGGCAGCGUGCACCGCCAGCAGCACGAAUGGCACCGCCAGCUCCUCUCCCGGAAACUACACUCAACAUCUCAGCGUCAAUCAUAGCUUUGAACUGCUUCUGUGAGCAUCUGUGCUUUAUCUGGAUUUAUUUUGUGCAUCCUUUAGCAAAGUGCGUGUUAAGUUACAAUGCCAUCAAGUCAUAUAAGACAGAAGGCAGAGCUGAACGGUUAGAGGCAACAGAAUAUCUCAUCUCAGCUGCUGAAGCUGGAGCCAUGACCCUCUGCAUCACCAACCCACUAUGGGUAACAAAAACUCGCCUCAUGUUACAGUAUGAUAGUGUUGUUAAUGCUUCACAGCGGCAGUAUAAAGGAAUGUUUGAUACACUUGUGAAAAUAUAUAAGUAUGAAGGUGUGCGUGGAUUGUAUAAGGGGUUUAUUCCAGGGUUGUUUGGAACAUCACAUGGUGCCCUUCAGUUUAUGGCAUAUGAAUUAUUGAAGUUGAAAUACAACCAACAUAUCAAUAGAUUACCAGAAGCACAAUUGAGCACAGUAGAAUAUAUAUCGGUUGCAGCACUAUCCAAAAUAUUUGCUGUGGCAGCAACAUACCCUUACCAGGUUAUAAGAGCUCGUCUGCAAGAUCAGCAUAUGUUUUACAAUGGUGUAUUGGAUGUAAUGACAAAGACAUGGAGGAAAGAAGGCAUCAGUGGAUUUUACAAAGGGAUUGCCCCCAAUUUGAUUCGAGUGACUCCAGCCUGCUGUAUUACCUUUGUGGUAUAUGAAAAUGUCUCACAUUUUUUACUUGGCCUUAGAAAAGACGACAUAAACUAAGAGAAGAUAAUUACAGUACAUCUGCCCAAGGCAGCAACAUGCUCCUUUGUAUUUGAGACAUAAAACUCGGAAGAUUACUGCACAGCAACAUGGCUCAUAAUCAAACUUGGUGUAUAAUCAUUAGAAGUCAGAACAGCUCAGUCUUCACUAUGUUUUUCUGCUUUUGCCUUCCCCAUGGGUAUGGGACUUGGCUACCUCUCCCUGAAAUGGCUGCCAGCAACAUAACAGUAAAAUUGACACCAAGUGGAGAAUUUCGCAAAUUUUCUCCAUUUCAUUGUCCAAGUAGAAGCUGAUUUGCAGCAUUUGCUGGAUGGAUUUGAAGAAUGCACUGCUUUUUCUGAACUCAUCUGCCUGGAUUGGCUUUAAAAAUCAACCUCUGUGCAAUAGCAAGAAAAUGGCCUCUUAAAAGAUGUCAUUGAUAUUUGAAGAGUAAAUUAAACGUUAAAGAUUUACUGUGAAAGAUAUUCCCCAAAUCCUGACCAUUUUUGAAUUGGGAAAGAUUGGUGGGGGGAAAAAAAAUCCUCCAUAAAUGUGCUUUAGUUUUAAUUCAGCUGGAAUGCAUUUGAAGUUUGAAAAAUUCAAGAAGUUAUAUAUUUCUUUUACUUUGAGAAAUAUCUGACAUGUGUUGUCAUUCCAUCACUACUUUUUUCCCAGAGGCUGGUUUCAUAAUUUAAAAUGUAAUCCUGGAUCCCACUAUUAUUUUUUGGCAUAGAUACUUACUGUCUUUUUUAUUUAUAAAAUCAGAACAAAAUCCAGCAGUAUCAGCCAUUAUUUAGCCUUCCUGACCAUAAAUCAGUAGCUAAUAGAUAAACUUAUAUAGAUACUAGAUGAUUAGGGGUAUAUUUGUUGACAAACUGAAAACGAAAAGUUAUAACUUUCACUUCAGAUUUCAGAUAUGUGGUUUCAGAUCCCAAAUAAUUGAUCAAUCUACAUUGGUUGCUCAAAAUCAGGUUUAAAUACAGAUUACUCUAAAGGCCAUUCCUGAUUUUGAGUUAUUGUAAUUGUCUAUAAAUAUAAAGGCCUCUGCCCCAAAAGGAUGCCAGAAUGAUCCAAAUGUCAACAAAUAUACCCUCAAUCAUCUAGUAUCUAUAUAAGGUGGCCUAUUAGCUACUCCAGUAAGUAAUUUUUAUUUACAUAUGAAUGCUUUUUUGCACUACCAUCUAUUUGUUGUAAAUAUUGUGGUUUUCAAAGCCAUAUUUAAAUGGUUCUUGGAAAAGAGGUCUAUUUUUUAUAUUUUAAAAAUGGCUUUUAAAAAUAAAGAUGAAAUGAUCAGUA